ACAGUAGCACUUUGACAAGUAACAGUUCCACCUCGUGCAUAUCUGAAUGUCAAAGAUAUAGUGGAGAGUGUAUAAAUGGUUGUGCAGAUGACUGGUCUGGUCCAUACUGUUCCUCACCUAUUAAGUGUAACCCAAACUGUUUGGGUUGCAAUGAGACGGGUGCCUGUGUUGAAGGAUGCAUGUCUGGUUACUAUGGAGACGACUGUAAGCCUUGCCCGGGAACCUGUUUUAAUUACACCUGCUACCGAAACAACGGGUCUUGCGACAAUGGAUGUAUCCAAGGACAAUAUGGACAAUCCUGUCAACUACCCUGCAUAAACUGUCCGGGAGGUGUCUGCCAUCCUAGUUCUGGGAUAUGUGAUUCUGCCCAGAGUGCAUUGAAUGCAGGAACUAUCGGAACAAUGACUGCGCUGUUGGUGUUGGUUUUUGGAAUCAUUGUAACAGUGUGCAUCUUUCACUUUAAGAGAGUUGCCGCAAAGAGGAAUCACCAAAGAGAUGAGUCGAUACUUACAGAGAGAUCAGGGCAACUGGAAACAGGGGAGUACUGCCAGGUGCAUCGGUACUGGGAUAUAGAUGAUUAUGAUGAAGUAUCUCAGCGGCAAGGGCAGCAGCAAGGACCGGUAGAGGAAGAAGAUUACGAGGAAGUAUCUCAACAGCAAAGACAACAACAAGGACCGUCAGAGGAAGAGGUAUCUCAACAACAAAGACAACAACAAGGACCGUCAGAGGAAGAGGCAUCUCAACAUCAAAGACAACAACAAGGACUGUCAGGGGAAGAGGUAUUUCAACAUCAAAGACAACAGCAAGGACUGUCAGAGGAAGAGGUAUCUCAACAGCAAAGACAACAGCAAGGACUGUCAGAGGAAGAGGUAUCUCAACAUCAAAGACAACAACAAGGACUGUCAGAGGAAGAGGUAUCUCAACAGCAAAGACAACAGCAAGGACGCGCAGAGGAAGAAGGCAACAGUGAUCCUGCACUUCCUGCGUUGGCCGACUACUUUCCUGGUCCACAUUUAAAUGAAGAUGAUGACAGUAACCCUGUACUACCUGUGUUGGCGGAUUACUUUCCAAGUGCACCGGGUACAGAAGACAACAAUGGUGGUGACACAUCACCUGGUUCAGCGAGUGGUUACCUGUCAUACACUCCCUUAAUGUGGGAUGUAUUUGUUGAUGAUCCGAGAACUGUGGCCACGUAUAUAUCACCGACUGAAGACAACACAUAG